AGAGAGAGAGUGCCCUGUAUGAAUGAUUCACCUUCAUUGAUCCGGAAUCUGCUGCAACUUUCACACACGUCAGAGCUGAUCAAAUCUCUGUAGGGGUUUAAAAGGGAAAAGAAAUCAGGAGAAACUGCAAACCCAGUUAGUUUCCAUACAGAGCUGAGAGAUGGAGUCUCGCGGCCUCCUCGCCCUUGCGCUGAUCCUCUUGUUCCGGUGCUAUAGCGCCCUCUCGUGUCCGGUGCGCUGCACGUGUCACUUCGGCGUCCAGUCCACAGAGACAGUGUGUCCAGACGCAGAACUCUCGCGUUACCCUAACGAAGGUCUCCCAGGCAACAGCACGACUCUAACCAUACAGUACACCAACCUGAGCAGCGUCUCCGCAAAGGAUCUGGCAGCCACGCCCCUUCUUCAGGAGCUCCACCUACCAGGGAACAGACUCAGCAGCUUACCGCAGGACCUGCUCACUGGUCUUCAUCACCUGCACACCAUAGACCUUACAGGAAACCAGUUACAGGAGCUGCCCCCUCGGGUGUUCUACCAUGCCCCGCUGCUCAACCUGGUUCUUAAAGACAACUUACUGACCAGAGUCGAUGCCGACUGUCUACCCGCCAACAGCAGCCUCACAUGGCUCGACCUGUCAGGAAACAAGCUGGGGAAAAUUCCCUCCGCUCUGCUCGAAAAGCUAAGCUGCCUGGAAACCCUGCACCUCUCUCAGAACCUGCUAGAAACACUUCCGGACGAGAGCUUCCGCCACCUUCAUGCUCUAGAGAGACUUCACCUGGAUGAGAACAAACUUCAGUCUCUGGAUGCCAAGGCUUUCAGCCACAACACUAACCUGACUCACCUGUUCCUACAGAAGAACAAGCUGCAGACUCUCCCAGCUACUCUGUUCCAUGGCCUGAACCUGCUGCAAUACCUGGACCUCUCAGAGAAUCAGCUGACAUUUCUGACACCCGGAACCCUUGGUUUAGGGAUCAUCUGGGUGGAUUUGACCUCUAACCCCUGGCACUGUGAUGCUAAAAUAGAGUACCUGAGGAAGAGGAUAACCAUCCUCCCAGUGCAGUCCGAGCCAAUGUGCGCCUCACCCAAGAUUCUGGAGGACAAAGCCAUUGCAAAACUUACACCCAAAGAGCUGGGCCUGGCAGAGUGAUGAAGGAAAAGAUGAAGAUGAGAUGGAGGGAAUAGAGAAGAGAGAACAGCUGAGCAGAGAGAGAAAUAAAUAAAUAAAUAACUAAAUAAAACAGCAAUAAAAAAUCAAGCAAAUCAGCCGUAGUUUCAUGUUGUGUCUGAAAAUGACAGCAAUAAAUGACGUGUAUGACGAAAAAA